AAGAAACGUUUCUGUCAGUGAGUGUGGCACCUGUUCCUGUUCUGUUGUUUGUUCCUAUUAAGUGCAACAACACAACACAAGAAAAAUGGAAAAACACUAACCAAAUACAUUGUUUAAUCAAGUUUAUAGCCCCUCCCAUGUUUCUCAAACUAUACUAGAGAGUACUGCAGCUUUCAACUUUAGUGUAUUUUCUGCCCAGGGUAGCUGAUGCUAAUGCACAUUAGGGCUUAUUUUCGUUUGGCCCAGUAUUCCCCUUUUGAUCUUUCAAUAUUGUUUGAGGCAUAGCAUCAAAUAGUGAAGGAGUUCUUUUCAGAUAAGUAUAAAUGUUUGGCAACAAAGUAUUUCUAACCUACAAAAGAAAACGGCUCUCGCAAAGUAGUAGUUUCAUCCGUGGAAAUUGUUGCCAAAAUUCUGUUGGUGAAGAUGCCCAUAAUUGUUCUUUAUCUACACAAGUUAAACAUGAAGAAAAAUCAACGGAUUCUAGUGAUGGAAAAAAGCGGUGCUUUGGAUGCAUCAAACAGCCAGAUCAUUCAUCACCACUUCCAAUUCAAAAGCAAGGUGGCCUGGAAGCAAUGGAGCUUGGAAAUUGUGAUGAAACAGAGAUGAUAAUUACUACAAAGGAAUCGUUUUUAACAAGAUAUCCAUGUGAGGAUAACUCUAAGAAGGAUGUUGGUGAAUUACUCUCAAUAAAGAAGGCUUCACAGGAUGGUUGUGACACGCAGAAAAAUUCUUGUGUCGAUGAAAAUUCUGGUGUAGAAUGUGACAGUGGUUCUAAUGGAAAAAAUAUUUCCCUCCCAAUUGAAUUGGAUGCUGGGAAUGAUUUCAAUUUAAUCAACUCAGAGACACCAAUUACAAGAGAAUUCAGUGCUCCAUGUGGCGAUGAAUCUCUUGUUUUGAAUAAGUCAACAGAUAGAUUUACUGAGUCACCCUCCAAAGAUAAUUGUGGGAGCCAAUCUGAAAAAAAGGUAACCUAUCGAUGUUAUAAAAGGAAAAAGUGUAAAGAUGGGACUGAUAAGAAAAGCAGUUUGUCACACGAGAAAGAAAACAUUCCAGUGCUAACAAAGUGGAGCAUGCUUGCAAAUGCUAAUCUCUCUUCUGGUGACGAAUCAUCUUGUGAUGAGUGUCCUGUAAAUAAUGUACCGGACCUUAAUCAACCAGUGGAGCUUUCGGAAGGAGGGAGGCCGUUGAAUCAAACACUAGAUGGUACAUCUUGUAGAAGCUGUUCUAUGUUUUUUCUAACGGACCUUAAUCAAUCAGCAGAGCUUUCUGAGAGAGGGGAUCUUUAUCAGACUCAAGAAAAAGUGAGAAAUGUGGGCACUCCAUGUACUAGUGGAGUUGUUUCUGAAACGUGUAUGACACACAUGGGAGAGCAGCUGUACCAUAAGGAAGACGUAGUGAAAACCGACUCUCAUAUGGCUGGAACAGAAGUUCCAAGCCAGAGGUCUCUGAUACACAGGGAAGCCCAACAUCUUAAUAAGGAUUGCCAAGGAAUCUCUAUCAAUAUUGAUUCUAGAGAUCUCCAUCCCGCUUCCACCAUUGCUGACCAGGAUCUAAAAGAAUCCCAACGCUCUGUGAAAGAAGCGAUUCAAAAUGUCAUGUGCAAUGACAUGAAUAAAAUUGGCAGGCACCAACCUCAGUCUAACAUGCCUUCUAACUCUGCAGAAGUGCAUGCUGUUGAAUUGAACCUGGGUGCUGAUAAGCUUUCCCUUCACGUGGGGAUGCAACCUCUUGUUGCCAAAUCUAACUCUACAAGCAGUAGGUCGGCCAUUGUCGAAAAUCAAGUUACUCAAUUGGAAUUUUUAAAUUCCAGCAAUACGAAGCCGAUUUCAGAGCGAAUGGCUAUUGAUGAUGUCGGCUCAAGUAUUACUCAAUCUCAGUCAGGUGGUUGCAUGAUGUCGGAUGAAAGAAUGAAUAUUCAACAAACUAAAACUAAUCAACCAAAACAUGUGCCGACCAUUUCUCUUUCAUUGGGUUUGUCUCUACCCGAGGAGCUUGAGACUGAAGGUUGUGAUUCCACUAAUUGUUUGCUUACAUUGCCUUUACUUAAUUCAACCAUUGGGACAACAGACAAUGUCCAAGAUGGAUUAGGUCAGUCUUCAACGAACCGGAAACCACUGCUUCUCAGGCACAGGGUAGUUCUUGACAACAUUGUAAACAAAACAAGAGUUUUUAAUGAAAGAGGAAACUUUCAAGAAAAUUUCAAGCCACACCCUAUAAUGUGGUCUGAAGAGGAGUUGGAUUAUCUCUGGAUUGGUGUGAGGAGACAUGGUAGGGGCAAUUGGGAUGCUAUGCUCAGGGAUCCAAGAUUACGGUUUUCACCGAUAAGGGUACCAUGGGACCUUGCUGAGAGGUGGGAGGAGGAACAAUUAAAACUUCUGAAAGAUAUCAGUGUUCCACACUUCAUGCAUCCAAAUGCAGAAAGGGUGGCUGCAGCCGCAGCAUUGCAAGGAAACUUUUGCUUCUUAGAUCUUAAAUCAGGUCCUUGGAGACAAAAUACAAUGGAUGAGACUAAUCUAUCACAUGAAAAUGUAUUUUCUUAUAGGGAAAGCAAUCCCUUGAAGAAAUCUCUUGCCAGAUCAUUUCAUUUAAGUAACACUGCCGCACACAGUCCCGGGCCAACUAUUCAUUCCAGGAGAACUUUGUACAACAACAACAUAGAGAAGUAUGAAUUGGGAUUUUUCAGUUCUCCAGGAAACUUGAAUAUUUCCAUGGAAAAUUCUUAUUCAAAUAAUUAUCCAUUUAAUUGUUCCACUGCAAAGAAUAAUUUGCCACAUUGGCUCAGAGAAGCAAUCAAUACUCCUCCAAUGUCUGUAGAGCCAAACUUAUCUGCAGCUGUUUCAUUGAGUUCUCGUCCAGAGAUGAUGGGGCCUGCAGAGCAUUGCUUUGAUGCUUUUUUGCCUCAAAAUCAGUUGAGUGGUUUGAAGAAAAAUGAUUUUCAUAUGUCUAAUGAUGCUCCUCACUAUUCAACUUAUUCAAGAAGAAAAUAUGGGAUGCUGAAAAUGAACAAGUCUCUGGAACAUCAUGUCAGCAAACAAGAUGACUUGAUUGUUAUUGAUAGCGACACAUCUUCCGAAGAGACUAUAUCCGACGAUCACCGUGCCAGCUUGAAGAUUUGAAGAAUGUAUUUUCUGUUAGAUAAUCUUGUCCAAACCAUGUAAUGAGCUGUAAAAAAUGUUGUAGGUGAAUUGCAUGUUUUUUAUAUUACCAACUUGUAAACGUAGGAGCUGACGUGACUUUAUGCUGAAUGAAUGUUAAUUUAAUGUUUCGACUGAAUC